AUAAAUGCAUUCCUUUUCAAGAGGCCAGCCUCUGACAAAGUCACGAAGUUUGAAUUCCAAUCUAAAAACUUUGAUUCCCUUAAAUAUUCUGAAUCCAGAGUUCCAAAACUCUUGUGGAAACUGGAUUUAGAGACGCAGAGUAAAGAUGUUGCAGAGGGCUGCAAGCAAUGCAUAUUCAUGGUGGUGGGCUAGUCAUAUUAGAACUAAGCAAUCUAAAUGGCUGGAACAAAACCUUCAAGAUAUGGAGGAGAAGGUGAAAUACAUGCUGAAACUCGUCGAAGGGGAAGGAGAUACGUUCGCUAAAAGGGCGGAAAUAUAUUUUAGGCAAAGGCCGGAAUUGAUAAUCUUUGUGGAAGAGGCAUACAGAGCGUACAGAGCCUUAGCCGAGAGAUAUGAUCACAUCUCAGGCGAGCUCCAAAGUGCUAAUAAUACUAUUGCCACCGUCUUCCCCGAACAAAUUCAGUAUGGAAUGGACGAGGCUGAUGAAGACUAUGAUGGUUCUCCGAGAUAUCGUCCACCUCCUGUCGAUCAGAUAAAAGUAUCCAAGGAUUUGCCUCAACCACCAAAAACAAUGCCCAAGGCACUGAGUUUUCAAAUGAGUAUCAAGAAAACUCCGAAAAUGGCUCCUGUUCCUACUACCAUCGCUGCCCCGAAAUCAAAUCUUAGCAAAAGUGAGGGACUUGAACUGAUGGACAAGCUUCAGAAAGAGAUUUUGGCUUUGCAGACGGAAAAGGAGUUUGUGAAGAGUUCAUACGAGAGUAGGCUUGCGAGAUAUUGGGAAAUUGAGAAUCGGGUCACGGAAGCACAAGCGAAGGUUUGUAAUUUGCAAGAUGAAUUCAGCAUGAGCAAUGUGAUUGAGGAUGACGAUGCUCGGACUUUGAUGGCAUCUACUGCUCUGAAAUCAUGUCAAGAUACUUUGAGCCAGUUGCAGGAGACACACGGGAGAUCAGCGGAAGAAGCUAGAAUAGAGAAUCACAGACUCAAGGCUGCCCAACAAAAGGUAGAGGCUCUUAAGAAGAAGUUUCGUCAUGAACAAAUGAAACAGUGGAAUCCGUUUGCUAGCGACGAAGAUUUGACGGAUUACACUUCAACCUUGGAAGAAGAAGCAGAAAUAUUACGGCAACAAGAUGUUGAAUCAGAGGCUAUGGCUAAGGAUAUCAGAAAAAAGUUGGAGAUGCAAUCUAGUUCAUCUCUCACUGCCACGGAAAUGGCAGAAAAGAUAGACGAACUCGUAAAGAAAGUCAUCAGCUUGGAGACCAUGGUCUCCACUCCGACUGGUUUGAUAAACAGAUUACGGUUGGAAAUCAACGAGCUUCAAGAACGUCUAGGAAAUUCAGAGGACGAUGAGGCAAAAUCAAACAGUUCCAACGCCAAGCUGGGAGAAUCAGAGGAGAAGUUGCAUGGAAUUCAAGAUCUCAACAGGAACAUCGAGCAUCAAAAUAGCAGCUUAAAAGUUCAGUUUAUUGAAGCACGUUGUAACUUUGAGCAUCUCUCAGAGAAACUGCAGUCUAUGCAACAUCUGGAAGAAGACGAGAUUCUGGCAACAAGAUAUCAAAAUGAAGAAGCCAGACAAGUUCUUAAUCCCAACCAACAAUUCGAUUUUGGAGAACUAAACGAUUUCGUCGCUGCAUCCAAUGACCCAGCAAAUGUUACCGACAAGAUGAGCAGCAUAACUUUUGAUGAUCUUACUCAUAAUUAUGAGGAGCUAAAUCCGUCUGACAAAGUAGUAAAGCAGGAUCCUAGUUUUGCAGAUGUUGAUGAAAAGGAAGGGAUACCAGAGGAGGAUGAACCAAAUUGGCAGCAGUUAUUCAUGAAUGGUAUGGAAGGUAGAGAGAAGGCUCUAUUGGCCGAGUAUACUACAGUCCUCCGGAACUUCAAAGAAGCAAAAAGGCAGCUUUCAGAUGUAGAGAAGAAAAAUCUUGAUACCAUUUCCGAAAUGGCAGUGCAGCUACAGGAGCUAAAGAACUCCAAUGCCAUGAAGGAUGAAGAGAUUCGUUCGCUGCGUCAGAAACUCGACCUUCUGCAAACAAAAUCCGAUGAUGACCUAAGUGACUCCGCAUUCGAUGACUUAAGAAAACCCCCAGCAAUGAAUUUGGAGAACCAAGAAGUCAAAUUUAACCAAGAUAAAGGUUUUGAAUCCAUGGUGAAAAGGAAUAAGUCACUUGCAUAUGCAGAGAAAGGAAUCGAGGAUCACUUGAAUAGGAUCAAGUCACGUAAGGAGUUGAACAUUAUUCUUAUCAAUGAGCACCAAACUCUCACGUCAACUGAAGAAAAUUUUAGAAGAGAUAUUGAUGCGUUGUUAGAGGAGAACUUGGAGUUCUGGUUAAGGUUCAGCACAUCUUUCCAUCAGAUACAAAAAUUCCAAACUGUAAUUCAAGAUUUACAAGCUGAGUUCUCGGAUCUGACGGCGAAUAACAAGCAAGAUGAUGGUUCAUCUCCCUCCAAGACUACUUCAACUGAUAAAUCUCAGAAGUCUCGUGCACGCCCACUCUACGUUCACUUGAGAGAGAUACAAACUGAAUUGGAUACUUGGGUGGAACAAAGUGCAUCACUCAAAGCGGAAUUGGAGUCUAGGUUUACAUCUUUGUGCGAUAUACAAGAGGAGAUAUCAAAAACCUUAAAAGCAGGUUUAGAAGCUGGAGAUUUGGAGUUUACAAGCUACCAGGCCGCAAAGUUUCAAGGGGAGAUUUUAAACAUGAAGCAAGAGAACAACAAGGUGGCAGAUGAACUCCAAGCAGGUCUAGAUUUCGUGACAGGAUUUCGGUCUGAAGUUCAGACGACACUUACAAGAAUGAAUGAUGAAUUCAAGCAGUCAGGAUCAAAGAAAGAUCAAAAUGACAUAAAACAUUCAAUUCGAUCUCGAAUUCCUCUGAGGUCAUUCAUCUUUGGCAUUAAACAGAAAAAACAGAAGCCGUCAGUCUUUGCCUGCAUAAAUCCAGCAUAUCAGAAACAAUAUAGCGAUAUUCAAGGUCAUAUCCCUCUUUAAAUCUCAAUUUUGUUUGCGAAUUCCUUAAAUCGCAGAGUAUAUUUAUUUCAUAAUUCUUGUAUCAGUAGCAUCUUGAAGUUAUUUUUCUUCUCUAUCUAGUUUGGAACUGAAUUUGGUUUCAAGUUUGAGAUCACAUUUCUUUGGUCAUAGUCUAUUUCUCAACUUUUGUACAAAAGAUAUGUCCAAAGGAACUUGAAUUACGCAGCCAGUAAAUAUUGGCAGCAGCACAACUUCCUCAAUUCAUAGUGGUUUUUGUAAAACUAUCAAUAGAUAAAAAAGGGAACAUUGAAAGA